GCUGCAUACACCGCGUCCGAGAAUGGAAGAGACGAGAGAUGGUCUUAACCACGUCCACGCACCGCAUCUUUCCCCUGCACAAGCUACUCCCUCGAUCCACAGCUCGGAGAUGGCGUCCUUCGUCUCCCUUUGUUUCUUCCUCCACCUGCUGGUCCUCCCUGCUGCUCGCAGCAGCAGUUACCCCGCCAUCUUCGGAUUCGGCAACUCUCUCACCGACACCGGAAACUUGGUCUUCUUCUCCGGUGGUACGGAAGCGGCUAGCGGACUCCCGUACGGUGAGACGUACUUUGGUCAUCCCAGCGGCCGCUUCUCCGACGGGAGACUGGUCAUCGACUUCAUCGCACAAGCCCUGCGGCUGCCGCUGGUGCCGCCGUAUCUUGCAGGGAACAGCAUCGAGGACUUCAAACACGGAGCGAACUUUGCGGUCGGAGGGGCCUGUGCGCUUGGCAACGCCUUCUUUGAGGCCGAGGGGCUUAACGUGACGUGGCAGGAUUACUCUUUGAGCACUCAAUUUAAGUGGUUCGAGCAGCUGUUACAGCGAUCCACCUCUUCGCUCCACUCAUCACAAGACACCAUAAACAAGUCGUUGUUCCUAAUGGGCGAGAUGGGGGUGAAUGACUACAAUCACCUGUUGCACGAGAAGGCGGUUAAAGAUCGCAUACGAAGCUACGUCCCCACGGUUGUGCAAGCGAUCGGUUCAACAGUCAACAGUUUGAUCCGUAAAGGGGUGGAAACAGUGAUCGUGGCUGGGAUUAUCCCACUGGGAUGUAGCGCAGUAUACCUCACGGUCUUCCAAACCCAAAGCGCGGCGGAGUAUGAUCCAAGAACAGGGUGCCUCAAGUGGGCGAAUGAGCUCUCACACUACCACAGUCUCCGGUUGCUCAAGGAGCUGAAUCGAAUCCGAAAACAACAUCCGCAUUCCAAAAUCUUCUAUGUUGAUUACUAUUCGGCUCUGAUGCCCGUCUACCAAUCUCCGGAACAAUUUGGGAUGAAGGAACCUCUGGCUGCGUGCUGCGGAGGUGAGGGGCCAUACAACUUCAACGUUUCUGUAGGAUGCGGUCAUCCAAUGUCAAACUUGUGCAGUGAUCCCUCAAGCUAUGUUAGCUGGGAUGGAUUGCACCUCACAGACGCAGCUCACGGGAUCGUCGCCCGCCACAUAUUAAAAGAAUUGCAGUUUCAGUGUAUGGAAAGAACAGCACGUGCCAGUGAGUAAACAAUAAGUGAGCAACACAUGUUGUUGGCUUCACAUUCGAAUAAAUUAUGCAACACUUAUAGGUUGCAUAAAAUCCUGUUUGUGUCGAAGACAUUUGGGGAACAGAUUAGAUAAGAUAAGAGAAAUGUGAGACUCAGUUGCGACACUUUUUGAA